CGCGCGCUCUCUCUCUCUCUCUCUCUGCUUCUCUAAGACCUAAAAGCUAACUCUGUAGCCCAUUUAACUCCCACUCUCACUCUAUCUCUCUCUCCUCUCUCUGUCUCUCAUGGCGAUUCCCGAAGCCGCCGAGAAUGGGUCCACCACUGCCCCGGACUCCGACCCGCAAACAAUCCCAUCGGAAGACCCCGCUACAACCACAACGGCGGAACCCUCUUCAACAACCACCGAAACCCCGGCCGCCGCCCCGACAGAGCCCGACCCAUCAGCUCAUAACACCGAGUCCGAGUCAGCUCCCGCGUCCGAGCUUCAUGCUCCAGCCACCCCCGCAGAGAAAAAGUGGCCGGGAUGGCCCGGGGACUGCGUGUUCCGGCUCAUCGUGCCGGUCCUCAAGGUCGGUAGCAUCAUCGGCCGUAGGGGAGAUCUCAUCAAGAAGAUGUGCGAGGAGACCCGUGCCCGCAUUCGCGUCCUCGACGGCGCCGUCGGCACUCCGGAUCGCGUUGUGCUGAUAUCAGGAAAGGAAGAGCCAGAGACACCUCUUUCCCCGGCAAUGGAUGCUGUCAUACGAAUUUUCAAACGGAUCUCUGGAUUAUCUGAGAGUGAGGGCGAUUCUAAAGCAUCUGGAGCCGCUGCUGUUGCCUUUUCUUCAAUCCGGUUAUUGGUGGCAUCCACACAAGCUAUUAAUUUAAUUGGAAAACAAGGCUCGUUAAUUAAAUCUAUACAGGAGAGCACUGGUGCUUCUGUCAGAGUAUUGUCAGGAGAUGAGGUACCACUCUAUGUUGCUGCAGAUGAGAGGAUUGUGGAAUUGCAGGGAGAUACUCCAAAGGUUCUCAAAGCUCUAGAAGCUGUAGUGGGUCACCUGAGGAGGUUUUUGGUUGAUCAUAGUGUUCUUCCUCUCUUCGAAAAGAGUUAUGCUGCUCCUGUCUCACAAGAUCGCAUAGUAGAUACCUGGCCUGAAAAGUCAUCACUUCAUACUGCUUCUCAAACUGCAGUUGCCACAGAUUAUCCUCUCUCAGUCUCCACAAACAGGGAUUCUCUAUUCCUCGACCGUGAAACUCAUUUGGAGUCUCAUCUCCUGCCUUCAGGAAUUUCACUGUAUGGACAAGAUCCUGGGAUUUCUGGAAUGCGUUCUUCAGGACUCGGUCGUACUGGUGCUCCUAUUGUUACUCAGAUUACACAAACAAUGCAAAUCCCACUAUCUUACGCAGACGCUAUCCUCGGGCCUAAAGGGUCUAAUAUUGCACUCAUUCGUCGGAGUAGUGGAGCAACCUUAAGCGUGCAAGAGAGCAGGGGACUACCUGAUGAAAUCACUGUGGAAAUUAAAGGGACCUCAUCACAGGUUCAGACAGCUCAACAUAUGAUUCAGGAAGCUAUGAAUACUCACAAUGAACCAGUUACAAGCAGCUAUGGUGGGAUGGAUACUGGUUUGAGGUAUUCCUACUCUCAGUUGGGCAGUACAUCUUACCCCUCAUCUGCGUUUUCAUCGCAAUCAUAUGGUGGGUAUGGAUCUUCCAGUUUAGGGGGCUACAGUAGUUUCAGGCUUUGAAGGGGGUGAUGAAACGCUAGGGGACUGAUUUCUUUUCAAUUAAUUCCAAUUAGAGAAGAUUUCAUUCCAAAUGUGGUAUGUGUAAAGUCACCAAAUGUUUAUGCUCCGAAUUAUUUGAUACAGUCAGCCAUAAUCUGGCUAGUCAUUUCCAGGUUUCCAAGCUUGGAAACAGCUACAGCAGAUGUAAUGUGAUAGUAGUAAUUUUCUUUAUGUUCCUGAGACU